CAUUUGCAGUAGAGCUAUGGCCGGAGUAACAGCAAUGACCGUUCAAUUAAAUAGAAUGGAUAGAGUCUCUCCUUGGGGAUUUAGAUUACAAGGAGGGCGAGAUUUUCGAAUGGCUUUAUCUGUAAAGAAGGUUGAACCUAGAUCUCCCGCCGACGGCCAGUUACAUAGCGGUGACGCUAUAUUAGCUAUUGACGGAUAUGAUGCUUCUCAAAUGACUCACGCCCAAGCUCAGCAAAUGAUACGCAAUUCCGGGAAUACUUUGCAGCUUACAGUUAAUAAGGGACUCUUUCAAAGUCUGAAACCAACUGGUCCUAUCAAAUUCUCUCCUGCAGCCGCCUAUGGAUAUAGUCACGGACACAGUACUUUCUAA